GAGGGCGGGCCGAGCGCCCGGUCCUUGGCCGCGGCGCUUUGCUGAUCCCCGGCUCAUAACAAGCCGGGCGCACCGGCGGAGGGAGCAGAGCGCGGCUGGAGGGUAGCAACGGAAACCACCUCCCAUCUCGUAGGAGCCGGCGGAGAGAAAUAGGGCUGCCCGGGGGGGAGUGGUUGGCCGAGCGGUACAAGCCAUCCGGAGGAGGACGGCGCUUCCCUUCCGAGCUCCACUCCUCUCCUCCUUCUUCCUGGCUUGGCCAAAAAGCAACGCGGUGGGGAAAUCCGCGGGCAGAGAGGAAGGAAAGGAAGCCCGCACGGCUUGCCGAGCCUCGGCUGCAGCCCGGCGCGAUGCUCCGCUAAGCGCAGCUUGUUUUUGGCAAAGGGCCGCCGGGAUUGCGCGUUCCCUCCGCGCUGCAGCCGCUGAUCCAGGGCAGAAGCGUUUUCUCCCAAAUUUGCAGCCGGCUGGUUGACCAUCAGCUUUUGCGGCUGCCCUUCUCGGUUGCAGGCACGCAUUCCUGCAUCUGUGUGUAUUUGGAAUAUUUUUAACUUUGCCCUGCGCUUGGAGUGCCGUCCAGCAGCAGCCCGCGAAUAUCCCAGCCGCUUGCCAAGUUUGAUUUUGGAGCCCGGUGUUUACAGCCCGCCUCCCUCCCUCCCUCCCUCCCAGGAGGAAUAUUUUGUUGCCAGUUUCUUGAAUGAGACGCUUAAGGUCCUCUGCCUCUGAUGUUGCCUGCCUGCUAAGGAGGGAAUCCUGGACGGUGCAGAGUGCCACGCUACUGCUGUGCAGGCCAGCUGUCUCCUUAAGAGCCACCAAGCGCCUCCUGAGCGACCGUGGAUUAUUGCACCGCUGCUAAAGCAAGCCAGCCAGCAUGGGGGGCAACCUUGGCUGCCACCGCUCCAUCCCCAGAGACCCCUCGGACCUGUGUCACAGCCGCAAAUUUAGUGCAGCCUGCAACUUCAGCAACAUCCUCGUGAACCAGGAGAGGCUGAAUAUCAACGCAGCCACCGAGGAGGAGCUCAUGACUCUGCCCGGGGUCACCAGGACGGUUGCGCAGAGCAUUGUGGAAUACCGGGAAUAUAUUGGGGGCUUCAAGAAGGUCGAGGACUUGGCCCUGGUGAGUGGGGUCGGGGCUGCCAGGCUGGAGCAGGUGAAGUUUGAGAUCUGCGUGAGCAGCAAAGGGAACUCGGCCCAGCACUCGCCCAGCUCCUUACGGAAGGACCAGAACCUCGACCACCUUUCAGCUGCGAAGAUCAAUAUCAACACGGCCACCCCUGCCCAGCUCAUGAGCAUCCGUGGCGUCACGGAAAAAAUAGCCAAUGGCAUCGUCGAAUACCGCCGAGAGCACGGGCCCUUCAAGAACAUUGAGGACAUGGUCAAGAUGGAGUGCAUCAAUUCUUCGUUCUUGGACAAAAUCCGGCACCAGGUAUUUGCCGAGCGCUCCAGGCCUCCUUCUACGAAUACCAAUGGCGGCCUCAAUUUCAUGGUCAAGCCUCACCCGAGCCCCACCUCGCUGAGCCUCCAGAGUGAGGACUUGGAUUUCCCUCCUGGAGGACCGACGCAGAUUAUCUCCACGCGGCCCACUGUGGAGAUGUUUGGUGGGGUGCGGGAUGGGAAGCCCGUGCUGAGGUUGGCCACCUGGAAUCUGCAGAGCUGCUCCAUCGAAAAAGCCAACAAUCCUGGCGUGCGAGAAGUCGUGUGUAUGACGCUGCUGGAGAACAGCAUCAAGCUUUUGGCUGUGCAGGAGCUGGCUGACAGAGAUGCACUGGAAAAGUUUUGCAUGGAGUUGAACCAGCCAACCCUGCCCAACAUCCGGAAAUGGAAGGGCCCUCGAGGAUGCUGGAAGACAGCUGUUUCUGAGAAGCCCUCAGGCCAGCCUCAGAAGGGUGCAGAAUAUUCUGGCUUCCUGUGGGACACAACGGCAGGGGUGGAGCUGAAGGGUGCCAUCUCCCAGGAGAACCCCCCCACGAAUGGCAACGGGAGGCAGACGUAUCCUCACCCUUACGUUGCACAUUUCAAGGUCGGACUGAAUGACCUAACACUGGUUAACCUUCAUCUGACUCCUUUGCCCUCAGUGGGAGAAAAUGCUGUGAAAAACCACGAUAGUCAUAAAUUAGCAGCCUUUGCACAGACGCUUCAGGAAACACUGAAAGGAGAAAAAGACGUGAUCAUUUUAGGCGACUUCAGUCAAGCCCCGGACAGUAGUGACCACGACCUCUUGAGGAAGGAGAAGUUCCACUCUCUGGUCCCUGCCAGCACAUUUACAAACAUUAGCACAAAGAACCCUCAGGGCUCCAAGUCCGUGGAUAACAUCUGGAUCAGCCGUAGCUUGAAAAAGGUUUUCACUGGUCAUUGGGCAGUUGUGAGAGAAGGUCUUACGAACCCCUGGAUCCCUGAUAACUGGUCGUGGGGUGGAGUUGCUUCAAGCCAUUGCCCUGUGUUAGCUGAAUUUUACACCGAGAGGGACUGGAACAGAAAGGAGAUAACACGGAAUGGAAAUGGCGUGAUAGUGGAAUGCAGCGACUCAAACGCUAAACAUGAGCGAUGAUGAAAGAAAAUGCUCACCAUGCCUUUUCCUAGAAGGGAUGGUCAGAAGAUCCCUUUGCUCAAGGCCUGACAGGGAACCGGAACUGCCUUUUAUCUCAUUUUAAAAGAAUCAGCUUCUGCUUUUAACAUCUCCCUUUUCCAUUCCCACCUCUGUGUCCCUUAAUGGAUUGUUUAGGGUAUCCCACCUUUUGUGUUUUGUGACUUUUUACGGGGACUUGGUAGACACGGAUGUGCUUGGAUACCUGACAACUCCAAAUAAAAUGCACUUUUUAAUACUGUA